AUACAGUGUCAACAAGUACAGCCAGCUGAGUGCAAGAGCAGGCGAGCAGUCGAUUUCGGAGAAACAGUAUCUCUACUACUUUGACAUGACAAACGUAGAUCUAUACAUGACAAUUGACUCGACAACCGGACUGAUUUACAAGGUCAUCACACGGAAGUACAGCAAGGAGGACGCCAUGACAGCUUGUGCUGACCUCGAGAUGAGACUCCUAGUGGUCAACUCUGUGGACAAACUUAACCUCUUAGAUCGGGUAAAGUCGUCAAGUCUUAUUCUCGAACAGGGAUCACUGAGGUUGAGUGGAGGAUGGUAUGAGGUGGACGGGGUGACGAAAUGGUGGGACGGGGGAGACCCACCUCAGCCUCUCAGCGACAAACUCAUGAAGUGGGACACAGCGGUGGAAUUCGAACAUGGAAGCUGUCUUGUCUACAAUAACAAAAACGUUCGACGAACCUCUUGUACACCACAACUGUUCUCGAUUUGUGAAAUAUGACACAAAGGACACUUUUUCACGCAUAGUCUGUUUUAACCACUCAAUUUUAUAUCCUUGUAAUGUCGAAAAAACGUAUUAGGUAAUUUUAUUAAAGCGACACAUUUUUCUUCUACUCGUAGCAACUUUUAGUGUUUGCUUUUCUUGACACGCAUCAUUAAAUUGAG